GGGAGAUGGCAACCGCUUCAAAGAGUAGCCUCGCGGAAAGAGAAAGAGAGAACAAACAGUCCGUCCAGGUUACCGAUCAGCGCAACAAUAAUACUCGCUAGAAACGUGAGAAAACGUCAAAAAACGGUCGCGCUAUUGUUCGCCUAAUAAUCGUGUCGUACGCGAGAUUUCCGACCUCGCGGAGCGGACUGCCCAAGUUUGUGAUUAUGUAGUGCGGCGAACAUGAAGACGAUAGAGGGAAAAGUAGUGAUGCUGGGAUCGCAAGGUGUCGGAAAAACUAGCUUGAUCGGACGUUACUUGGGAAAUUUCGAACAUGCAAGUCCUACGAUAGGGGCGUCCUUCUUCAAUUGCAAAAUCAAUUUAAAUGACAUGAGGAUAAAAUUGCAAGUAUGGGACACGGCUGGCCAGGAGAGAUUUCGUUCCAUGGCGCCGAUGUACUACAGGAACUCCAAUGCUGCCAUGUUAGUGUUCGACCUUACGCAGUACAACACCUUCUCCGCGAUUAAGGUUUGGGUAAAGGAGCUACAACAGAAUGUAGAGGAAACAAUGGUGCUAGUCGUCAUCGGAAACAAGUCUGAUUUGGUGCAACAGCGUCAAGUCGACAGUGAGGAAGGUCAAAGAUACGCCACAUCAAUUGGUGCUACAUAUCAUGAGAUCUCAGUGCUACAUAACGAGGGAGUAGAGACCGUUUUUCUGGCCAUCGCUACGAGUCUACGAAGAAUGGCAUCAGACAAUAACGAUAUUAACACUACCCUUAGGAUUUCAGAUUCUAAUAGUUUUCUUAAAAACGACGAUAUGCUACCCUCGCCUUCCAUCGAGGAGAGUCCACAAAAUACCAGUAUUGCACACGGCAUACACGAAAAGCCUUUUACCUGCUGUUAGUUCUAGUUUAUUAAAAAUAGACGGUUAGUAAUUAGAGGAAAAUCGCGCCUUAGGAAUUCGCAUCAACUAUCAAAACGUUAUUUGCCAUGUCAAACGGAUUGUUUCGUUAGUAAACUGCAAGCUUUUGUCUUAUGAUGCGUUUUCAAAAUGGAAAAUAUAUGUGUAGCAUAUAAAGCAAACGAACAGUCAUUCUUCCAACAACAGCAGCAGCUUGAUUAGUCAAAUUGGAUUUAUAUAAGACUACACUUGUCUUAAUUUAUCACGAGUUUUGAGUGACAAUGUCAAAAUAUUAGACUAAUGCUGAAAAAGUUAUAUACGAAUCGAAUUUUCCACGUAAAUGAAUAAUAAAAGUUAGGCAAAAGACUAUAUUUUUUGCAUAUUAAAUUUAUACGUAGAUUAUGUAUAAAAUAACGUGACAUGUUAAUUAAAAAAAAGUGAUUAGGAUUAUAACAAAUUUAAUAUAAUAUUGUACAACUAUUAUAAGUUCAAUUUAUUAAUUGUACGUUAUAUUUAAAAUCUUCUAAUUUGAUAAAUUUUGUUAUUCUAAACUUACUUUGUAAAAUAUGAUAAGAAUAUGUUAUUUUAUAUAUAAAAACUGAUUAACAUUUCAUAGAAAUGAUUAUACAGCUUGCCAUUAAAAAGUAAAUCUUCGCAAAUUGCAA